CUCCCUCAUACUGGCUCAUCACCCCGCACGGCGACCGGGAACGUAGUGACAAUUUUUGCAAGAUGAGCGGACAAGGCGGUCAAGAUGCCAAAUUCUUCCAGCGGGGCAAGAUCCAGGAAUUCCGCGCGGAACUAGAGGCGGCGGAGUCCAAGGACAAGAAGUUCACCAAGCGGAAGACUGUGCUCAAGAAGAUUGUCGCGAAUAUAACGAUGGGUAAUGAUAUGUCUCCUCUAUUCACGGAUGUGGUACAAUCCUUGGGUACUCCGCUCCUGGAAAUCAAGAAGAUGGUGUACCUAUUCCUCGUGUGCUAUGGUCGGCAGAAGGCAGACCAAUUACACCUUGUGAUUCCCCAUUUCUUGCAGGAUUGCAAUGACCGCAACCCUCUAGUCCGCGCCCUCGCCAUCCGGACUAUGUCGUAUAUACCCACACCCAUCGUCAUCGAGGCAUUGACGGAACAGUUGAGGCACUGUCUUAAGGAUCGCGACCCCUACGUCCGAAAGACCGCUGCUAUCUGCGUGGCAAAGCUUUACACCGCUGACCCGCGAAAGGCUGAGAAGGGUGGUUUCGUUGAGAUGCUGCGAGACCUACUAUUGGAUUCAAACGCAACUGUGGUGGCGAAUGCGGUCGCAGCACUGUCCGAAAUAGGAGACCGACAAGAUGGUGUCAUCUUCAAGCUCAAUCUGACAGUUGCUAACAAGCUUCUGACCGCGCUGGGUGAAAGCUCAGAGUGGGGCACCAUCUACAUCCUGGAUUCGCUUCUGCGAUACAUCCCUGAGCGGCAUAUCGAUGCGGAGAUGAUGGCGGAGCGUGUCAUUGUGCAACUCAACCACGCAAAUUCUGCUGUGGUACUCACGGCCAUCAAGGUCCUACUGUACCUCAUGAACUACAUGGAGAACCGGAAGCUUAUGGAGUACAUCUGCAAGAAAAUGGGACCUCCGCUAGUGACACUACUAAGCUCGGGCCCUGAGGUCCAAUACGUCGCUUUGCGGAACAUCCUUCUCAUCAUUCAGCGCAGACCAUCCGUGCUGAAGAAUGACGUGAAGGUGUUCUUCUGCAAAUACAAUGACCCAAUAUACGUCAAGCUUGCAAAGCUCGAGAUCAUGUACCGCUUGGCCCGCGAGGAGAAUGCCAAAGAGGUCCUCGCGGAGCUUCAGGAGUACGCCUCGGAGGUGGACGUCGACUUCGUCCGCAAAGCCGUACGGUCAAUAGGUCGACUGGCAAUCAAAGUCCAGGAAGCGGCCGACUCGUGUAUACAAGCGCUGUUGGACCUGAUGGACACCAAGGUGUCGUACGUGGUGCAGGAGGCAGUCAUCGUCAUCAAAGAUGUCUUCCGACGAUACCCAGGGAAAUACGAGGGCAUCAUUCCCAAGCUGUGCGAACAUCUUGAUCUCCUCGAUGAGCCAGAGUCCAAGGCCGCAGUGAUCUGGAUCAUCGGACAGUUCGCCAAUCGCAUCGAGAACGCCGACGAACUUAUGGAUGAUCUCACGUACACGUUCCUCGAAGAGCCAACGGAAGUGCAAUUGGCGUUGCUGACGGCUGCGGUCAAAUUGUUCAUCUACAAGGCGCAUUCGGACACUACCAAGGCGCUCGUGCACAAAGUGCUGAAGUGGGCGACGGAGGAUGUCGACAAUCCGGAUCUUCGUGAUCGUGGGUUUAUGUACUGGCGCAUGCUUGCCAUCAAUCCUGCAGUGGCCGGUGAGAUUGUCCUUGCCGAGAAGCCCGCGAUCACCACGGAUGCGGAUCGGAUGGACAGAGGAGCACUGGACCAGCUACUUCUGCACACUGGGACACUGGGUAGCAUCUACCACAAGAAUCCGGAGACAUUCAUCCGCAAUGCCACUGGCAGAGCUCUGGCUGAUAGCCCCGCACUGAACCCCCUCUCACGACAAGUCCUGGUUCCCGCAUCUCGUCCCAACCUCCCUCUUCCGGCCAUCGUCGUGCCAGGCCCGGGCCCCCAGGAGAUCUCUCAGAGCAACGGCACGAACGGGAGCCUCGUGGCAACAGGAGACCCCCCAGAGCCUACCAGAAACGGCUCGACUGGGGACGUGGCCAGACGCCGGUCACAAGAGAGUCCGAGCAACGAAGGCGACGGUGACGAUGACGAUGACGACGAGGCUCCUGUCUCCUCAAGGCCUGCUGGGGGAGACCCGUACGCGGGCUUGGACAGUGCGUUUGGCGGGAGUUACGUCGCCGACGAGCCGCGUCCGCAGAACCAGGACCUGUUGGACUUGAUAUGAUCCGGACAAUGAUGAUGUGCAGGUGCUUGUAUAUUAUGCUUUGGAUGUAAUGUAUCGUUGCGUUGAUGUGUUGGGCCGGAGGAUGCC